UUAGUGAGCCUUUUCUGUUGUUAGAAAGCAGCAUUGUUUUCUUUUUCAAUUGCAUGCUUAUGAUUUCAACGGCAGGCGUUUACUACCCCAGUGGAGAAUACUAAAACUUUGCUGAAAUAGCGUAUGGAAUUGCAGACUGAACUUGUCAAGGAUGAUCAAUACCUUGGCACAGCCAUUAACCAAAAUGGAGACAAUGGUCAAAAAAUCAGAAGAAGGCUAGGACUGGGGAGGGUAGCUAUGAGAGAACUAGAAAAGGUCCUCAAAUGCAAAGAUGUAUCACUGAACACUAAAGUCAGGAUCAUUUAGACCACGGUAUUCCUGAUCUCUGUGUAUGGAUGUGAAAGUUGGACAGUGAAAAAAGCGGAUAAGAGAAGAAUAAACUCAUUUGAAAUGUGGUGUUGGAGGAGAGCUUUGCGCAUACCAUGGACUGCGAAAAAGACAAAUAAUUGGCUAAGGUUGUCUCCUCCCCGCACAAUGUCACAGCAACGUGUCUUACCUCAGAGUAAAGAAACCCUCCUUCAGUCUUACAACAAGAGGCUGAAAGAUGACAUCAAGUCCAUCAUGGAUAACUUUACAGAGAUCAUCAAGACUGCAAAGAUCGAAGAAGAAACCCAAGUAUCUCGGGCGACCCAAGGCGAGCAGGAAAACUACGAGAUGCAAGUCAGGGCCGCAAAUAUUGUCCGGGCUGGCGAGUCCCUCAUGAAGCUCGUCUCUGACCUCAAGCAGUUCCUGAUCCUCAACGACUUCCCUUCCGUCAAUGAAGCCAUCAACCAGCGGAACCAACAGUUGCGCGGACUCCAGGAAGAAUGCGACAAGAAGCUGAUCGCACUGCGUGAUGAGAUCUCCAUCGACCUCUAUGAGCUGGAAGAAGAGUAUUACUCUUCCAGCUACAGUCUGUGCGACGCCAGCGACCUCCCGCUCUGCGAAGCGUAUUGGAGACAAGAGCCUACCGCCUCCUCCCCGGAAGGCCUCUCGAUGCCUCUGGUGGCUGCCAUGAUGGAGCAGAGCACUCCGGCCCCUCAGGGGUCCACGCCUUCUCACCCCCACAUCAACGGGCACGGAGCAGGCCCCACGGAGCACGCCUGAAAAGGAAACCCACAAACCCUGCAACACUCCUCGGCCUGUUGGCGUUUGGAUGUUAGAAUGUGCCAGUGGUUGUGUCGAGACACCUUUUUUUUUGUUCCUCCCAAGGGCCUCUUCCCCUGACAACAGGCCUUGGUUGUCUUUCCCAGAAGCCAUUUCUGUUCCUCUGGAAGCCAUUUUGCGGAGUGGCCAAGACGGUGUUUGGCAGGGUGUGCCCAGUUCCAAAGGGAAUUAAUCGCCGUCAUGAUUGGAAACGUGUAACUUGUUGGCAUGCAAGACUCUUAACCCUAAUGUGGGCAACCCAAAUGUUAGAGCCCUUAGGAACUGUGUUCUCUUGGAUGGAAUUUCUCCUGGGAAAAUUCUAUUUCUUAAUAGAAACUUUGAAGCAGGAUUGCUAGGGUUUUCCUUCUUUUAAAAAAAAACUUUUACAGGAGGAAUCAAGUUUAAAUCUGUAUAUAAAUACCCUUACCUGUCCAUGUUGGCCAGGUGUUCAGGAACCUUUGGCCCUCCAGGUAUUGCUGAACUACAACUCCCAUAAUCCCUGGCCAUGCUUGCUAGAGUUGUAGUUUAGCAGCAUCUGGAGGGCCAGAGGUUCCCCACACCUGCUGCAGAGCAACAGAGCUGGGCCUUACAGGUGGCGAAUUGUCCUUUGCAAUGGAUUGUUGGGGGUGGGGGGGAGAAAGGGUUGCCAACAUCUUUUUAGAAGCCCAGACCCUGUGCUUCCUGACACUAGGCCAAUGCGGCAUUCUCCCACCAUUUAGUUUUCUGCAUAAAAAAGCUUCACCAGUGUGUCAAGCAGCUGUUAAAAGCAAGCCUCAGUUUUGCUUUGAUUUUUAUAGCAGGUCCAUGUCCUCUCAGUGCCUUCCCUGCUCCCUAAACAGCAUGCCAAUUUGUCAACAUCUUUUUUCCUGACCCCGCUCCUGUGCCUUCCAGCCAGCCUGCAAGAUAUAGAAAUUUAAGGAGGUGAAGCCAUUCCAUGUCAAGAGAAACAAAAAUAACGUGGGAAACUCCUUUGUCUGCAGGGCAGGCUGCUCUUAAAGGUGCAGGACUGGUAGCCAAAAAACUUGGUGGCCUGAGAGAACAGUCCUAAAUCGAGAACUAUUAAAGGACCAGUCUUUGGUUUGUGUUUUUCAGUGUUCUUCCAGAUCAGUCAUAUAAGCUAAUGCUCAGGUCCCUAUCCUGCAAAUACUUACCGUAUGUGUUAAGCUGGUGGCUCCAGAGAGCAGCACUGAACGCUUGUUUUUUGGAUUUCAGGAAAAGUCUGUCGUCCUUUAGGGUGAUGCCCCUUCAUAGCUCUACCAAUGCUAGAGUAUUUGGUGGGUUUUUUCCUCUCCAGAUCAGUUGUAUAAGCUAAAACAAAGUCCCUAUCCUGAAAAUACUGACUGCAUGUGCUAACACCCCUUGCCCUUCCCUGAGCAUCGUCUCCUCACAGAGCUUCACUUGGUGCAAGUCUGAAAAGUCAUGUAAAUCACUUUCACCUUUCGCUCUUCCUGGUGAGCUGGUGGGAUAUGUGUCUCAAGCGUGUCAGGAUACAGGUCUCAACCCGGAAGUACUUGAAACAGGACUUAGUCAUUUAAAACGGUGCAAAACUACUGACACAGGUAGGGUUGCCCACUUUUUUUAUCCGGCCCAGUGCAUGUGGAGCUUCACGUGCAGAUAUUAAGCAGGGGAUCCUCUGCCGUGCCAGGAAAAUAUUUGUCAGUUUGAUACAAGUGGGAGGGAGGCGGCUGUUUAAAGGCAGUGGAGCAGGGCCAGUUAAAAAAAAGAUAUAUCUUGGCAACCCUACGUGCAUGUUUAACAUUGGUCUUCUGAUGCCGGUUAACGAAUGUUUGUGUGUGACUUAUUUGUGGGUUGUUAGAAGUGGGAUUUUGGUUUUUUUAUUAUUUUUUAAAAUUAUUCUUUUUCUCCCCUAACUGUAACUAGAUGUUUUGAAUAAAGUCAGUUGUGCAUUGUGGUGCCGAA